AUGGACAAAAACAAGACAAUUAUGAGGAACGAGGCGGAUGACGAGACGCCAAAACAACCAGAUGAAUCUGCCUCUGCAUCAGCUCCCCAUGGGUCUGACGAAACACCAAAGCAGAGUACCCAAACAGGAUCACCACUUCUUCCGUUACAAGAAUCCCCCAGCCGUAAAGAAGAUUGUCCUAAGCGAACUGGCCUAAUUCACACCAAAAAGGAUCUGAGGACAUCUUAUCUCGAAGCUCUCAAAGCCACCCUUGGUUCUACGUCAAAGCAGAGUGCCCAAAUCAACAAGACCAGGUCCAUGGAUCUACAAGAUCCGCUAGACUCUGUCCUCCCAAAAUGUGAAAGCAGACUGCCAGUUUUCAAAUACCUUUGCUCGGGUAAACCCUUUCCUUGGCAUGGAACAGAGACGGAUGAAGAAUCCGUCUUCUGUUAUCAUCAGAAUCCAGGGGGUGAUGUAAGUGGAUCUAAACACAAUUUUCCAUGUGUGAUUGAGCUUUUUGUUUCGAAAACCAGCAAGUCACGUCAGUAA